AUGGGCAAAGGUAAAGGACUCCUGGAAAAAGGGGUUCACGUGGGACAUACAGGAGGCGAUAACGUCCAAGGGAAGGCGGAGGGCAAAAGAUAUUUAUUAGCUGUGUCGGAAAAUAGUUUAAACAGUGUUUAUCUUUUGGGUGCCGUUCAUAAUAAUUUGCCAUCACGCAAGCUGCCUAAAAAUGGCGACGUUUUGAAUUAUUUUAUGUUUAAGUAUAAGAUCUUAAAGAAGACAGUUCGUGAAUGUGCUGCAGAGAUUAUAGAUGAAGUUCAAGAAAUUUGGAGUGAUAUGAAUACACCAUUGAUAAAACAUCAACAUGCAAUUAAAAAAAUGGAAAUGCUAUUUACAGAAUGGAGAAAUUUAGAUAAAAGUCGACUUAAAAAACAUUCGGAGUUUCAUCUGUUGAAAAUAAAAAAAUUUACUGAUAAACUAAAUGAAUUAUUUGAUGUGAGAUUAAAAAAAAGGCCAUUUGGCACCAGCCAAGAUGGAAGGUAG